CCUUUAAAACACAGGGAAAAGAAACCGCCCAUCACACACCCCAGCACACCAGCGGAGCAAACUUAUAACCUCGGGAGGCAGGUCCCUCCCCUCACUGCGGUCACAUACCUCCAGAAGAGCGGACCAGGCAGCUGCCAGCUCGGACCACUUAGAGUGUCUGCCUCCUCGCUGGAUCCUCCAGAACUCUCUUCACUAACGAGUCACUAGAAAAGCCAAGAUGUUGGUGCUACUGGCUGGCAUUUUUGUGGUCCACAUCGCCACUGUUGUUAUGCUCUUUGUUUGCACCAUUUCCAAUGUGUGGGUAGUUUCUGAUGCUUUCAAUGCAUCUGUAGGUCUUUGGAAAAACUGCACUGGUGAUUGCUCUGACCUGUCAUAUGGACAUGAAGACGCCCUUAAGAGUGUGCAAGCCUUCAUGAUCCUUUCCAUCAUCUUCUCUGUGAUCUCCCUCGUGGUCUUCGUGUUCCAGCUCUUCACCAUGGAGAAAGGAAACCGGUUCUUCCUCUCGGGGGCCACCAUGCUGGUGUGCUGGCUGUGUAUUUUGAUCGGAGCGUCCAUCUACACUGCUCGCUACGCCAAUAACAAUGAAAUUUCCUUUGGCACGAGUGGCCACCAUGGCUACUGCUUCAUCCUGGCCUGGAUCUGCUUCUGCUUCAGCUUCAUCAUUGGCAUUCUCUACCUGGUCCUGAGGAAGAAAUGAGGCUGAAGCAGUGUUGGGGAUAUCUGGGGGGGUGGGGAGGAGGAAGCUGUUGAAUCUGGGAGGGGAGAGGAAGUCAUUGUGUAGCAAAAACCAAGAAAAGGGAGGGGGUCGGGGAGGGAGAAGGAAGAGUGGGAGAGGCCCAAACCCAAACCAUUCCUGGGGAGAUUCUCUACCACCAAGCCUCUGCCUUGGGAGCAAGUCAUUAGCUUGUGCUCUGAUGCUUCCUUGUUGCAGCCAGAGAACCUCUGCGUGGCCACCAGACUUGGUCUCCAGCUGCCCUCAGCUACACUCACAGCCUGGGGCCCCUUUAGCUGCCACAUCACUGGUUCCACUUCUGAGGGUGAAUUCUGGGUCACGCGCUGAGGUCUCGCAGACUUACUGCACCAAGUACAAAUAGCAAAUAGUGGUACAAGUUCUGGCAAGAGCAGAUCCUGUCUCUGGACUGACUAUGCUAAGCCCGGAAGCCACCCUGCCUUCGUACCCAAGGUGAAAACAUCACAUUCCUAUCUGCAGUGCCUACAAGAGAGCUUUGUCCCAGAAACCACUAUGCCUCUGUGGAACAGAUAUUUUACUGCAUGGAAUUCAGUGGCAUCUGUGAUAGAAGGGAAAGCAGACAGAUGAUUUAUAAGGCUGAGUCCACCAGUGGGUUAGCUAAUCCAAGACGGAGAACUUUUCCCCACAGAAGGACUGGGGAGGGGCAGAGCCCAGCCAAACCUCACAGCUGUUCCUCACAGGGACCUCUUGUUGUGGACCCUGUCAGGCUCUAGCUUAAAUCCAAGGCAGCUCUUCUGGAGUUUCUCUAGAGCCACUAAAGAUCAAUUCAGUAGUGAAAGCACCACACAAACUGUAGAACCAAGGGGCACUCUUACCAUAGUACUAUGUUAGGGUUAUGCUUUCUUGGAUUCCCCUCAAUACAGUCAACAUUUCUUAUGAGUAUAAAACAGAAGAGAGAUGGAUAGGGCUCCCUGUGACAUGAUUCUAUCAGUCUUCCUCUGGUUUAUAACUUCUGAGGAAGUUUUAUUUAAUUAUCCAGUUUGGAGAUUAGGGCUUCUAGGCUCAGUGGUCACCUCCACUUUGACACUGGCUAGAGUGGUGACUUCUCAGAGGCCCUGUCCCCUUCUAAUGUGAGGGCAUGACAAUUUAGGAAGCUAACAUACUCACAAACCAAAACCAAUCAACAGGUCCUUGGGUGAAAGGUGCUAUAUAAUUGUGAAGUAUUAGGCAUUUCAGUGAUAAGAAAAACAGAGUGCUUGUUCCUGGAGGGGGAGAUGAUCCCAUGAAAUAAAUAAAAAUAUAGGUGAUGGGCAGAUGAUUUCUUUAAAAAAGUACCAAGAACUGUUGGGGUACCUGGUCAGACUGUAUUUGAGCUGUCUGUGACCAUAGGAGCCUUUCUUUUAGGAUUUAGAAGUAUAUGCUAUUCCUGGUUCUGCAGGCAGCUCUCCACCCCAGAGCAGCUAUUUUAAGCCAUCUCAGAUUCUGCCUAUAGGGGUCUUUUGUGGAAGGCAUUCUCUUUAUUGCCUCCAGAAUAUCUACUCCAGGACGAAUCUGAGAUAUCUUGCCUACUUUUUUUUCUCUAGCUUCUUCCUCAUCCACUUCUUAUAUACCUUUUUUUCUUGGGGAGUUGUGGCAUAAUUGCUGAUAUUUAUGCAAAGGGACUAUUUACUAAGUAUAUUUCUUUAUGCUUAUUCUGGUUAAGGGAAUGUUGAAGGCUAUAUUACCUGGGCUGAGAGUAGAGAGAUUGACCAGAAAAGAAACCAUGGGGUAAUGAACCUUUAAAUUAUGAUUUGAUUAGCACAUGAUUAUAGAAGGCUGUAUUAUGGGCAAAAGCAUACCUACAUAUCAGAUAUAUCCAAAGAGAUACUCUCAUUUUGUUAAAAAGUUCAAUUAUGACUGGAGUGAACCAUGUAUUCCCUUGUCUUUUACUUUUUUUUCUGUGACAUUUAUGUCUCAUGUAAUUUGCAUUACGUUGGUGGGUUGUUCUAGUACUGUAUUUGGCUUCUUCAUUAAUAGAUUAUUUCAUAUGCUAUAAUUGUAAAUAUUUUGAUACAAAUGUUUAUAACUCUAGGGAUAUAAAAACAGAUUCUGAUUCCCUUCACUGUGCAGAUGUUUUCUUUUUAAUAAAUAUGGGGAAAUAUA